UGUGGCUCUAACCGUCGGCGGAAGAGGACACGCCGCUCGGGCUCUCGCUCACCCCCAACGUGCCUCGUUGUUACCACAGAAAGUGUUGCUUGUUGAGGGGAAAAUCCAGCUCUCCUGCCGAGGAAGGAAUGUCGCCGUGCUGUCGAAUGAGACGAACGAAGGCGUAAUAUAACCCGAGUGUCGUUGCCACUGUGGAUAAAUUUGUUUUAUCCCCGAAGAAUUUUCGAGCCCGGGGGAAGGCUGGGAGAGAGAGAGACAGACAUGGGCUGGCGAGGGAGACGUCCGAGUGGAAGUGAUCGGUGAGGCUUUCCUGGACAGCAAAAGGGCCUCAGGAAAACCCGGCGUCGUUCGUCCUGAAGGAGAGGCGGAAUCCCUCGCGGCCUUAAUUAUCUUCCGAGACACAGGACAGCCACCAGGAACGUGACAGGAGUGAGGUGCGUGCGAGCAUGAGCGGCGAGGGCGAGGAGAGGGGUGGAGGCCCCGUGUCUGCAGUGUGAAGCAGGCACACGCUGUGCUAAAGGCCCUUUUUGCUUUUUGCCUCCGAGUGGGCCUCAGCCCUCGAGUUUGUAGUUUUGUGGUAAUCGAGUGUCUGAGAGUGAAGUGAUCCAUUUUUCAAUUUUUUUUAAUGGAAUUCAGUCAUUUGUUGAUAGUUCCGGGCCAGCCGUUGCUCGUAGAGUAAAGAAGAAAAAAAGUUCAGUUAAUAAAUUUAUAAAAGCGUUUCUCGCGAACUUCCCCAAAUUCCCAAGCACCUCAAGACUUGAAAUGAAAUGACUCGCGCUCUCUCUUCCGCAUUAACAAUGCCACCUCACUAGUGCAUGUUUCUCCGUGGGUAUGUGAGCGGGACCGAAGCAACACAAUACCCAAUACCCCGAGCUAAUAUAACGCAGCUCUCUGUGUCCGACUACGCCAGCUGACUCCAUACCACACAGGUUUCGGCCAAGAUGGUGCAGUGUUACCAGAUCAGCGGGGUUUCCCUCCUGGCAUGUUUGGUCGUGCAGGUCGUAGCCUCCGCGUACCAGGGCCCUCCGUCGUACUACUGGUCCCGGACCCGCACAGGCUCCACGCACUUCUCGCGGCGCUCGCACAUCGGUCCGCUCCCGCACGUUAACGAGGUCAUGACGGAGUGGGCGCGGUGGAGCCCGUGGGCGCGCUGCUCCAGGUCGUGCGGGGGAGGCGUGAGGACCAGAUCCAGGACCUGCAUCACAACUUAUCCAAGAGUGAUGCCUGGGUCCGGAGUGCGUACGACCCACGACCAGUGCGCAGGAGACAGCGUGGAGUACAGUGUGUGUGGUGCCAAACCCUGUCCGCCGGGGAUGGUGUCUGCCGUGUCCUUUCGAGCUGCACAGUGUCGUCACUAUAACAACAGGCGCGUGUUCGGGAGGGUCGUCAACAACUGGGUUCCUUAUACACAAGGAGGCAUCAACCCGUGCGCGCUGGUGUGCGAGGGCGAGGGCGAGGGUAUCGUCUACACCUUCGGGAAGGUCACGGACGGAACGCACUGCCGCACGGACCAAGCGCAGGACGGCCUCUGCGUCAACGGCCGCUGUCUGCGCCUCUCGUGCGACGGGCGGCUGGGCGGGACGGCGAGGGAAGACAUGUGUAGGAUCUGCGGGGGACACAACGAAACGUGUACCCGACAUGUUGGCGUUUUCCACACCGACCUGCCCGCCGCCGACCAGCCGUCGCCUCUGACCCGCGCCGGCGACAGAUCUCCUAGAAAUUAUGGUUACUAUGAAGUGUCUUACAUACCGAAGGGCGCGACCAACGUGAGGGUGAGAGAUGCUUCGCCAAACUUCUUGGCGCUGAAGGCCGGGAGCAAAUUCCUGCUGAACGGCGACUGGCUGAUCGACUGGCCCGGCGAGGUGGACGCGGGCGGCACCCUCUUCACGUACGCCCGUAACGAAGACGAGUCGGAGAGCCUCAGCGCCCUGGGGCCCACCUCCGAAGACCUCACGCUCAUGGUGUUGCUCCGCGAACACAACCCCGGCAUCUACUACGAGUACUGGACCCCGAACUCCGCUUCCGGCGAGGCGCCUCCCGCCGUCGUCCCCUUCCCGUCCGCGACGCCCUCCUCCUGCGGGCCCUGCGAGAGGCCGCGACGCGCCAAGCAGAUGUUCUGCACCAGCGACUUCGUGUCGCGUGUGGAGGUGAUCAACAGCGAGCCGGUGGGCGGAGAGCGCCGCUACGAGGUCCUCGUGCACCAGUCCUACAAGAACACGGUGCCGCUCCUCCACAAGGAGUUCCUGUGGGUGGACAACAACUGCCUGUGCCCCAAGAUGCGUCACGGGCGCUCCUAUCUGGUCAUGGGGUCAACGGAGGUCACACGGGGUCGCGAGGUGCGGCUCGUGCUUCGGAACGGCAGUUACGUGCGCCGCUACACGCCCCGGAACCUGGCUCGGAUCCUGCGCGUCCGACACAACGAGAUGCGCUUCUGCCGGCCGUGGCGGAGGGACCUACGCUUCCUGAGGCCGGAGGACAAGGCUCUCAACGCCACCGUCGCCAACGCCACCGCCGACGACGCCAGCGCCUCCUCGGCCUCGCCGGCAGGCGCUUCGGCCGUGCUGCUCGUGGGCACGUAACGCCCGACUCCCUCUUGCCGCCAGGCGAGGCCCAGGAGUUCCCGGAACCGCGACGCGAGACUUUUCCUGGAGUGCUUGAAAGAUAUAAAAAUCCUUCAGGAAGCCUUUACUUGACUUUCCUCCAUUUUCCUUCUUCUUUUCUUACCCAGGAGCUCUUGGGAAAACUAUAAGUAGUCCGAAUGCAUAAGGAGCACGAAAUAAAACACUCACUGCUGAACUCACACUAAAGAAGAAGAAAUAAAGAGAAAUAUAUAAAACAAAGACUCACGCCAUAUCUCACACGACACUGCCGAGCAAGAUUUGGAGAAAAAAGGAAUAAAUCCCGUGGCCCGAGCACCUCCGCUGCAGCUUUUGCCAGUAGACGAGAAAGUGCUUGUUACUGAACUCUAGGUUUGGUUUUCUUAAGGAUCUGAGGCAAGGAAGGUGAGAGACACAGAGGCUUGCCAUGCAGCGAAAUGCACUGAACAGGAGGUCGUAAACUUAGGUAAUUGCAUGGCAUUUUUCGGUGACUAAUGGGUGGUGAUUUAAGGAUCGGUGACUGCUCAGAACAAACAAACACAAAGGGUUUACGAGGUGGCAUCAACUCGAUUUUUUCCUUUUUGGGAAU